AGAGUUCAUUAAUUAAAUCCUGUGCUUAGAUCGAACUGUAACACUAUUCCAAUCACAUUUAUCUUGCAGGCGGCAGCGGAGAUGGCAACCUCGCUGGAAACGCGCGGGGGAGCCUGAGCCGGCAGCCGGAGACGCUCUGCUCCGCGGCGUGCUCCAUCGCCCCGCCGCCUCGCAGACCCUCCAUCUUCCUGCUCAGUUCCGGGCCAGGCUAGCCCCUGCCCCCGGGGUGGGGUAGGGGGGGUGUCUCCCGCUUCUCCUGGGGCUCCAGGUCGUUCCCCACCCCCUGCCCUCCGCGACUCAACUGCCUGGGUCCCCCCUCCCCCGCCACACACACACACUCACACGCGCCCGCGAGCACACACGCACGCACACACACACUCACACGCCAGCAGGCUGCUGGCCGCUCAAUGGACCGAUUUCCCCGGUUUCCCUGAACCCAGCUUAGCCCGGGAUGAGAAAUUGCAAAAUGGCCCGAGUCGCCAGUGUGCUAGGGCUGGUCAUGCUCAGCGUGGCCCUGCUGAUUUUAUCGCUUAUCAGCUACGUGUCCCUGAAAAAGGAGAACAUCUUCACCACUCCCAAGUACGCCAGCCCGGGGGCGCCCCGAAUGUACAUGUUCCACGCGGGAUUCCGGUCACAGUUUGCGCUGAAGUUUCUAGACCCGUCAUUUGUGCCCAUUACGAAUUCUCUCACCCAUGAACUCCAAGAGAAACCUUCUAAAUGGACAUUUAAUCGGACUGCGUUUUUACAUCAAAGGCAAGAAAUUCUUCAGCAUGUCGAUGUAAUAAAAAAUUUUUCUUUGACCAAGAAUAGUGUUCGGAUUGGACAACUGAUGCAUUAUGAUUAUUCCAGCCAUAAAUAUGUUUUCUCUAUUAGCAAUAACUUCCGCUCACUGCUCCCAGAUGUGUCACCCAUUAUGAAUAAGCGUUAUAAUAUUUGUGCUGUGGUUGGAAACAGUGGCAUCUUGACAGGGAGUCAGUGUGGACAAGAAAUAGAUAAAUCAGAUUUUGUUUUUCGAUGCAAUUUUGCCCCUACGGAGGCUUUCCAAAAGGAUGUUGGGAGGAAAACCAACCUCACAACCUUCAACCCCAGCAUCCUGGAAAAAUAUUACAACAAUCUUUUAACCAUUCAAGACCGUAACAACUUCUUCCUCAGUUUAAAAAAGCUCGAUGGGGCCAUUCUUUGGAUCCCUGCAUUUUUCUUCCACACUUCUGCAACUGUAACCAGAACGUUAGUUGACUUUUUUGUUGAACACAGAGGUCAGUUAAAGGUCCAGUUGGCUUGGCCUGGAAAUAUAAUGCAACAUGUUAACAGGUACUGGAAAAACAAACACUUGUCACCCAAACGACUGAGCACAGGCAUCCUGAUGUACACUCUUGCAUCUGCAGUCUGUGAAGAGAUCCACUUGUAUGGAUUCUGGCCUUUUGGAUUUGACCCCAACACAAGGGAAGAUCUUCCAUACCAUUACUAUGACAAAAAAGGAACCAAAUUUACCACCAAGUGGCAGGAGUCUCACCAGCUGCCUGCUGAGUUCCAGCUGCUGUAUCGGAUGCAUGGUGAAGGGCUCACCAAACUCACGCUGUCACACUGUGCCUAAGAACUCCAAAUGGAAAGUGCCAAAUGGCUGUUUUAAAAGUGCCCCCAAACCAAAUUGAAUAGUCUCCAGAACAGAACCCCAAAGACAAUCUGGCAAAGCUUGUCUGCCACUUACAUGGAAGGAUCUACUCUUCCUCCUCUGCACUGCUCUCUGAACGGUCUUAGCAGACUUAGGACCGCUGCAUUGAAGCCACGUGAGUUAGACUUGGUUGGUAAAGGUGAUAUUGCAUUUGGAAGUAUGCUGCACAGAGAAUGGCUUGAAAUAGUUCCAUGUAUGUAUUUUAAUAAUAAACUGACUCCCAUGUGGAUGAGCUGUCAUCUCCUCCAUGGCUGUCCUCUCUUGAGCCCCACUCCGAUACAGUCCUCAUAAUCAGAGAGCACUAGCCAGCUUCAGCAGGAUCUCUUUUGCCAGGGGGAUCAGAGUCUUCAAAAACAAAAAUAAAAAUCUGGUUUGCAGGUUGCAUAUUCUCU